UUAAAGAAGGCUACAGAGGAAUGUCUGCAAAAAUGGCAUGCAACGGUACAAGAGGGAUUUUCCGUGGCUCAGUGGGUAGGAAGAGGAUGGGCUUCUUGGUACUGAUGUUCCUUGGGCUGUUUCCAAUGGUAGUGUUUGUCGUACAACAGCAGUGGACGUUAGUACGCGACAAAGCGCUGUUGAAAACAUUGGAGUGUUACAGAUUACAGAGUGGAGCUAAGAAUAACAACUGCAGCGCCCUAACUGACACCAAGAGCUGGAAGAGAAACGAGACUGUCAUCAAAGACAUGCAGGAGAAGGUGAAGCGGUUCUUUGACCCCACAGGCAACAUCUCCCUUCUCAAGUACCAGGUGAAGCCAGGCGAUCGCAUGUGGUUCCUACAAAGCCGAAUUUUCUCGCACUCGUCAGUGACGGUGUCCCAGAGCUUCCACAACAUGCUGCCCUCCCGGCCACCGCUGGAGAAUAAACACUUCCGCAAGUGUGCAGUGGUGGGUAACUCAGGAAUUCUUCUCCACUCCGGGUGCGGUAGGGAGAUCGACACUCAUGACUUUGUGUUCCGGUGCAACCUACCCGAGCUGGAAGGCUACGAGAAAGACGUGGGCACCAAAUCCAACUUCACCACCAUGAACCCCUCCGUGAUAUUAACUUACUACAAGGACUUUGUGGAGCCGAAGCUGAAGGAACGCUUCAUCAACAGACUCCGUCGUUUAGAAGGAGGAAUUUUGUUCAUACCUGCUUUUGUUGCAACGUGGGAAAACGAACAUGUGCAGUGGACAAACGACAUCAUCGUAGAACACAAUAUCAACGUGCGAACAGCGUACCCAAGUCCAGACAUGGAGAAAUGGAUAACAGGGUACUGGAAGUCUACAGAGUACAGGGUUGCCCGCCCUUCCUCUGGCUUGUGGAUGUACACCUUUGCUGUCAGUCUGUGUGACGAGGUUCACCUCUAUGGCAUGUACCCUUUUGAUAUUGACAGGUAUGGUCGCAAUGUUAAUUACCAUUAUUACGAUCCGCGACCAUUCGCCACGACGCACUUCGGUCACGACAUGCCGAUUGAGUUUCAAGUCUUCAAGAGCCUUCAUCAGAAGGGGGCGCUACGUCUCCAGACAGACAAGUGUCAAUCAUCGGGAUAACAUCCAGUCUUCCGUUGUCCUGGUCACAAUACAUAAACUCCAAGCAAAUGAGUAAGGUUAAAACGAUGUGUAGCUAAAAAGGCAAGUCCUUGGGUAUACAUUGCAUGUAUCAUAAAUGAGUAUGCACAAAGCUAACAAAAACACAGCACACUCUGGUUACUGUUUUCCUAAAGCCUUACGCUAAGAGCACAACCAGCCCUACAUGCAAAUGCGUACUGUCUACGUCCGAAAACGCGGGCAAUCUUUUGGGAUCCGUACGCUGUACGUACCACCUCCGUACGAACUCGUAGGGAAUUUGAUGGAUUUGGGAGCAUGCAGACACACCGUACAACUUUAC